AUGGACACUAAGCCGGCUCUCUCUCCCCCGGCGCCCGGGUGGGAGGCUGCUACCCUCGCCCCGAGCAGGACGAGCGUGUCGGAAGACGGCAUGGUCUCGGCUAUCGGGGAGCAAACCGACAUCGAGAAUGAGAAGAAGGAUGCUCUCGCCCGGCAGGCUACCGCCACCUCCAAGACGGGCAAAGCCUUCGAGCCGACACCCACCCGGGAAGAUGGCACCGAGUACCCUGGUGGCGUGACGCUCGGCCUGAUUGUUCUGGCUUUGUGUCUCAGUGUCUUCACCAUGGCGUUGGACAACUCCAUUAUCGCUACCGCCAUCCCCAAGAUCACCGAUGAGUUUCACUCCCUGCCCGACGUAGGCUGGUACGCCUCCUCGUACCUCCUCACCACGGCCGCCCUGCAGCUCCUCUUCGGCCGCUUCUACACCUUCUUCUCCAUCAAAUACGUCUUCCUCAUCGCCAUCUUUCUCUUCGAAGUCGGCUCCCUGAUCUGCGGCGUCGCCCAAAAUAGCGUGACCCUCAUCGUGGGCCGCGCCGUCGCCGGCGUCGGCGCAGCCGGCAUCUUCUCGGGCGCGCUCACCAUCCUCGCCUACUCGGUCCCCUUAUCCAAACGCCCCAUCUACACGGGCGCCAUCGGCAGCAUGUACGGCCUGGCCAGCAUCUCAGGCCCGCUCAUGGGCGGCGCCUUCACCGACCACGUCACCUGGCGCUGGUGCUUCUUCAUCAACCUCCCCGUGGGCGCCGUCACCAUGGUCGUCAUCUGGUGGUUCUUCCCAGACCCCAAGCGCGACCUCCUCCAAAACGCCGACGACACCCUCCGGCAGCGCGUCAUGCGCUUCGACCCCUUCGGCACCCUCGUCUUCAUGCCCGCCAUCAUCAGCCUGCUCCUCGCCCUCCAGUGGGGCGGCACCACCUACGCCUGGAACAGCUGGCGCGUGAUUCUCCUCUUCUGCUUCUUCGCCGUGCUCAUCGCCGCCUUCGUGUACUUCCAGUUCCGCCAGGGCGAUCUCGCCACCGUCCCGCCCCGCAUCCUCGCCAAGCGCAGCGUCUGGUCCGCGGGCUUCUUUAUCAUGGCGCUGGGUGGCGCCUUUCUCGGGUCGGUUUAUUACCUGCCCAUCUGGUUCCAGGCCGUCAAGGACGCCAGCGCCGUCGGGUCGGGCAUCAUGAACCUGCCCAUGCUGGUGGCUGUCGUGCUGUGCUCGGUUGCGGCGGGUGCGGCGGUCACGAUCUGGGGGUACUACACGCCGUUUAUUAUCGCGGGGAGCGCGGUUGCGGCGGUGGGGUAUGGUUUGACGACGACGUUUACGCCGGAGACUGGGUCGGGCAUGUGGAUUGGUUAUCAGAUCCUGAUUGGGGCCGGGAUUGGCAUCAGCUUCCAGCAGCCGCUGAUGGCGGUGCAGACGGUGCUGGAUAUGGCGGAUGUGCCGACGGGGACGUCGCUGAUUAUCUUUAUGCAGACGUUGGGGGGUGCGCUGUUUGUGGCGGUGUCGCAGAAUGUGUUCACCAACAAGCUGGUUGAGUAUGUUGCUGAAUACGUGCCGGAUGUGGAGAAUCCGAGCUCGAUUUUGGCGGUGGGCACGACCACCGUCAAAGAUGUGUUUGAUGCCGCCCAGCUGCCGGGGAUUAAGUUGGCGUUUAAUGAUGCGCUGACGCAGACUUUUACGGUGUUUACUGCGCUGGCGGCGAUUAGUAUUCUGGGCGCGGUGGCGGUCGAGUGGAAGAGCGUGAAGGGGAAGCCUGUGGAGAUUGGUAUGGCUUAG